GGACCAACGCCUACUAUUCCAUCCUCGUUGUGGUCUCUGCUACUUAAAGCUUGCCGACAAACAAUUAGCGACCAUGAGGGUAUCAAAAAGCCCCGGCGCUGGCACGGCGUCUGUAACACGCAGCGCUUUCAGGACUCGGCCCUCGGGCAUCAGGCCACCAUCGGCGAUGCCCCAGAGCACAGGGCUUAGCGCGACCAGGCAGCUACUGGACAGCUUCUGGGAGGCUCGUGGCGUGUUGGACCCCGUGCAGAGGAAGCUGCUGGUGGACGCUGCGGAGAGCCUAGACGCCGAGGUGGCGGGCGCCGUUCCACUCAGCAGUGCGCCGCUGACGCCGGAUGUGCCGCUGCCGGGGGUGCCGGCGGCCUGGCAAAUCCACGAGUCGGCGCCCGAGGUUCUGGCGGCUUCCAAGCGGCUGCUGGCGCUGCAACAGAUGCUGGGAGGGGGAGCGGGAGGGGGAGAUGGGGAGGUGCUGGCGCGGGCCAGCCGCCCCAUUGACGUGGUGUGGAUGGUGGUGCGUGAGCCGCAGCUGCUGUCCGCCGACCUUGCCGCAGUCACCGGCCGACUGCUGGACAUGAAGCUGGCCACGCUGGGUGCGGGUGUGGACGUGUUGCGGCUAGUGGAGGGGCAGCCGGGGCUGCUGCUCAGUGACCGGUGGCGGCUGGACCUGGAGGCGUUGCAGGCCGCGCAAGACGCAGCCGCUGCUGAGGCCGCCGCGGGGCCUCGCUCAGCCAUGGCAGCUUACGCACCCGCCUUCGGAUCUGGCGCCAACCCCACCUCCUCCGCCGCCGCCUCGCUCUUCUCCCUCUCCCUGUCCGAAGCCGCCGAGCGCUCCGCGCCGCCGCCGCCUGUGUACGGCGAAGAUGCGGCUGGUACUGCCUUUUCCGACGCCGCUGCAGCUACAGCCAGUGGCUACACGCUACCACCGCCGCCCACAGAUGCCGCCGUCCUCAGGAACUGGGGCUCCCGCUCCAGCGCCGCUUCGACGUCUGGCUCGACGCCCGACUCGGCGUCUGCAGCAGAGCAGGCGGCAGUAGCACGGUCAUCGGCGGCUAAUGGUGGCGGUGCUACUGCCGUGUCGCCUGUGGAGCAGCUGGUGUCGGCCUGGCGGUUUGGCAUCUCCUCAGACGAUGACACCGAGUGGGCGGAACGGCUGCAGCAGCUGUCCGCCUACGCCUCCGCGCACGGCGACACCAGUGUGGGCUUCCGCGACGGAGACGACCGCGAGCUGGCGAGGUGGGCCACCAAGCAGCGCUCCGACUGGCGCCGGGGGCAGCUGGCGGAGGAGAGACACACAGCUCUGGCGGCCCUGGGCUUUGAGUUCGAUGCUGACGAGGCGGAGUGGGUGCGUUGGUUCAACCAGCUCACGGCCUUCCGGCGGGAGGCGGGACACGCCAGCCCCAUGCCGCUGGUGACCGGCGCAGACAUGUACCUCAGCAACUGGUGCUCCGUGCAGCGCAUAGCUCGGCGCAGUCGGGUCAUGGCCGAUAGCCGCAUUGCGCGACUGGACGCACUGGGCUUCGACUGGACCGGGGCGGACCCGUUGUCGUGAGAGGGAGUUGAGGGGGAGUGAGUGAGGGGGUGAGUGAGGGGUGGAGGGGCAAGAAGGGAGGUGGGCGAAAAGAAGAGAGGCCGGGGGAGUGGGGCAGGGUAGAGACGUUACCAGUUGCAUUACCCAUAUUACACAAAACAGCCGCAGGUGUUGCUGAGGAGGUGCGGCCUGCACCUUGACUUGAGGGGGCAUUGUGGGAGGUGCGGAUUGUGGUGACGUAUGGCAGUGUUGUUGUGUGACUGCGGAAAUUGUGGAUGGGUUGGCCUAGACCUCCUGUGUGUGAUGGGGGGGGGCGGGCAGGGGGUAAGCCGUUCAUGGAGACCGAGAGGUGGUGCGGUGGGGUGAUCAGGGCUCGGCGAGGUAGCCGUGUGUGGGAGCACAGGCUUACGCCAUUGGAUCGAAGAGGGCGUGGGAGAAGGCGUGCCAAGACGAUCAGAGAAAGGGGGUUGGGCCCGUGUGACACUUAAGCGCAAGAGCGCAGCUGCGGCCUAAUGGGAUGGUGGUGGGCGGCAACGUUUAGUGCGUGAGCUGAACUUCAUUCGGUGAACUGUGCAGCGUAUGCGUGUGUGAGUUUUUAUGUUAUUUGUGCGUGUGUGUGUUUGCGCGCAGUUAACUUAGGAAUGGAAUGCCGAGAAGCAGGCAUGGAAGGCGCGGCGGAGGCGCUGCGGACGAGGGUGGGGUUGGAUGGGGGUGCCGAGGGAGCAAGAGAGGGUUCUCCCAAAAGAUUCAGGCAGGAGGGGGCGCGCCCUGUGCCUGGCUGUAUUUUUGUCGGGUCGUGUGAUGUGCAAUGCUACUUGGGCGGUCAUUUAAGUAAGCGCAGUGCACCGGUAACUGUGGGACGCUGUGAGUGAGGGCGCGGGGGAAGAGCCUUCCUGACGCCGUGGGUGGCCCCUGAAGAAGAUAUUUUGUGAUACACU